AUGUCAUCAUCAUCCGAUAAUAAUAAUAAUUCAUCAUCACAUGAUGAGAGUAUUGCACCUUCCUCUUCAUCAUCAGAACAACAACAAGUAGAUAAUAAUACAAAUUUUGAACAAGUGGGAUGGAAUCAAACUAAAAUUGAUAGACCAACACAGGAAGAUAUUCAAGUCAUUGAAAAGAUACAAUUGAAGAAGGCUAUUACAGUGCCGAAUGCUAUUGUGAAGAGAUGUAAAUGGGGAUAUCCACAAGUGACAUUUGCAUUCACUAGUAAAAACAAGGCAGAAACUUCUGAGAAUACCUAUGUACCAGGAACAUUCCUUUGGUUGACAUGUCCUAGAGUUAAUUUAAUUAUUGAUAAA